CCUCUGGUCUCUGGUCGUUCUAGGUUGAAUAAAGAUGGCAGAUCAUCGGAAUGGAAAUGGCAAUGCUUCUGCUGCAGCCGCAUACACCAUCAAUAUUGAGAACUUCAGCAAACGGCUGAAAAGUUUUUAUUCUCACUGGAAGGAACAUAGAACUAAUCUAUGGGGUUCAUCUGAUGCUGUUGCAAUCGCAACGCCUCCUGCUUCUGAGGAUCUGAGGUACCUUAAAUCCUCGGCGCUCAACAUUUGGUUGCUAGGUUAUGAGUUCCCUGAGACCAUUAUGGUCUUCAUGAAGAAGCAGAUCCAUUUCUUAUGUAGCCAAAAGAAGGCCUCUCUGCUUGAUGUCCUUAAGAAAUCUGCAAAGGAGGCUGUGGGUGCCGAAGUUGUGAUGCAUGUCAAGGGGAAAACCGAUGAUGGAACUGCUUUGAUAGAGGAGAUAUUUCGGGCUGUACGUGCUCAGUCCAAAUCUGAUGGCAUUGAAUCCCCAGUUGUUGGACACAUUGCGAAGGAGGCUCCUGAAGGUAAUCUGUUGGAGACAUGGAGUGACAAACUAAAGAACUCUAAUUUCCAGCUUAGUGAUGUGACCAAUGGUUUCUCCGACUUCCUUGCUGUAAAAGACAGCACCGAGAUCACAAAUGUGAAGAAAGCAGCUUUCUUGACCGCUUCUGUGAUGAAGCAUUUUGUGGUCCCGAAACUUGAGAAGGUCAUUGACGAGGAGAAAAAGAUCUCACAUUCUUUAUUAAUGGAUGAAACUGAGAAGGCAAUUCUGGAACCUGCAAAGGUUAAGGUGAAGCUCAAAGCGGAGAAUGUUGAUAUCUGUUACCCUCCCAUCUUUCAGAGUGGGGGAGAAUAUGAUCUCAGGCCGAGUGCUUCAAGUAAUGAUGAGAGUCUGUACUAUGACUCAACAAGUGUGAUCAUAUGCGCCAUUGGAUCUCGUUAUAACAGCUACUGCUCAAAUCUUGCCAGGACUAUACUGAUUGAUGCGAAUGCAGCACAGAGCAAGGCUUAUGAGGUUCUUCUUAAGGCUCAUGAAGCAGCAAUCAGUGCAUUAAAGCCAGGGAACAAGGUCAGUGCAGCCUACCAAGCAGCCCUAUCAGUGGUUGAGAAGGAAGCUCCUGAAUUAGCUCCAAAUUUGACAAAAUCUGCUGGUACUGGUAUUGGCCUUGAGUUCCGUGAAUCAGGUUUGAGUCUGAAUGCGAAGAAUGAUCGAGUAUUGAAGGCAGGAAUGGUUUUCAAUGUUUCUCUUGGGUUGCAGAACUUGCAAGCACAGACCAAGAAUCCAAAGACAGAAAAAUUUUCACUGUUGCUGGCAGACACUGUUAUCAUCAACGAGAAGCAACCAGAAGUUGUGACUUCUAUAAGCUCCAAAGCUGUCAAGGAUGUGGCUUAUUCUUUCAAUGAAGAUGAGGAGGAGGAAGAAGAAAAACCAAAAGUAAAAUCUGAAGCCAAGGGCCAUGAGCCCUUGUUGUCAAAGGCGACACUCAGGUCGGACAACCAGGAGAUGACAAAAGAGGAGCUACGGAGGCAGCACCAGGCAGAGCUUGCCCGCCAGAAAAAUGAAGAGACUGCCAGAAGGCUGGCAGGGGGUGGGAAUGGAACAGGUGAUGCUCGUGGUGGAGCAAGAGCUCUGGGUGAUCUUGUUGUUUAUAAGAACGUCAAUGAUAUCCCCCCUACCAAGGAAUUGAUGAUUCAGAUUGACCAGAAGAAUGAGGCAGUACUUUUGCCAAUUUAUGGAAGCAUGGUUCCUUUCCAUAUUGCAACCAUCAAAAGUGUGAACAGCCAACAAGAUAGUAAUAGGUCUUGGUAUGUCCGUAUAAUCUUCAAUGUACCAGGGACCCCAUUCAAUCCCCAUGAUACAAACUCUCUAAAGUUCCAAGGGUCUAUCUAUUUGAGGGAGGUCUCAUUCCGUUCCAAGGACUCGAGGCAUAUCAGUGAAGUGGUACAGCAUAUCAAGACUCUCCGUCGGCAGGUUGCAUCAAGGGAAUCAGAGAGAGCUGAGAGGGCUACCUUGGUUACUCAGGAGAAAUUGCAGUUAGCGGGGGGCAGAUUCAAGCCGAUAAGGUUGACAGACCUGUGGAUCCGUCCUUCCUUCGGAGGUCGGGGAAGGAAGCUCCCUGGUGCUUUAGAAGCUCAUGUAAAUGGGCUUCGUUAUUCCACAUCGAGACAGGAUGAGCGGGUUGACGUCAUGUAUGUUAACAUCAAGCAUGCAUUCCUCCAGCCUGCUGAGAAAGAGAUGAUCACCUUACUGCAUUUCCACCUGCACAACCAUAUUAUGGUGGGUAACAAGAAGACCAAGGAUGUCCAGUUCUAUGUUGAGGUCAUGGAUGUUGUCCAGACUCUGGGCGGAGGGAAGAGAUCUGCAAAUGACCCAGAUGAGAUUGAGGAGGAGCAGCGGGAAAGGGACCGGAAGAACAGGAUCAACAUGGACUUCCAAAAUUUUGUCAACAAGGUAAAUGAUCUUUGGGGACAGCCGCAGCUUAAGGGGCUUGACCUUGAGUUUGACCAGCCACUGAGGGAACUUGGCUUCCAUGGGGUUCCCCACAAGGCAGCAGCUUUCAUCAUUCCAACCACAAGCUGCCUGGUUGAGUUGAUAGAAACACCUUUCUUGGUGGUCACAUUGAGUGAAAUUGAAAUUGUGAACCUGGAGAGAGUUGGGCUUGGACAGAAAAACUUUGACAUGACUAUUGUAUUCAAGGACUUCAAGCGGGAUGUCCUUCGGAUUGACUCGAUUCCAUCUUCAUCACUUGACAGCAUCAAGGAGUGGCUCGACACAACAGACCUCAAGUACUACGAGAGCAGACUGAAUCUGAACUGGCGGCCUAUAUUGAAGACAAUCACUGAUGACCCGGAGAAGUUCAUUGAGGAUGGGGGGUGGGAGUUCCUGAACAUGGAAGCAAGUGACUCAGACUCAGAUAAUACAGAGGACACUGACCAAGGCUAUGAGCCAUCCGAUGUGCAGUCUGAGUCGGGUUCUGAUGAUGACAAUGAUGAUAGCGAGUCACUGGUGGAGUCGGAGGAUGAAGAGGAGGAGGAUUCUGAGGAAGUCUCAGAGGAAGAGGAGGGGAAGACAUGGGAGGAGUUGGAGAGGGAGGCAACCAAUGCAGACAAGGAGAAAGGAGAUGAAUCCGAUAGUGAGGAGGAGCGGAAAAGAAGGAAGAUGAAGGCUUUUGGUAAGGCUCGGGUCCCUGAUAGAGGUGCCCCUCCCAAGAGGGCUAAGUUGAGGUAGAGUGUGAUGGAGCUUCAGUUCUUUUCAAUCAAUAUUGGAGUAAACUAUGAUAGCAGCAGUAGUGGAACUGGUGGCAGCAAUGGCAGUAGAGCCAGUAGAUGGUACCUUAUUUCUUAGCUGUGAUGAACCUUGUUAAAGAUCUAAUAGGGAUCUUCCACAUCUUGUUUCUUUGUUUUGGCUGUUGAACAGAACAAUAUAUGGGCUUGGUUUGUAUUUGAUGACCAUUUAUGAGUUGGUUGUAAAAGGAAAAUUUUUUUUGAAGUGAAUGGAGAUUACUGCAAAAUUGCCAAAGCAA